GGGCCCGACGUCACCUCAACCCGGCCGGGCCUGCCAGCGUCCCUGCGGGGCUUCGGCUGAGCGGCUGCACCGGGCGUCAACAUGGCAGUGGCGUUUAGGCGAAGCUGUGGGGUCUUGAGAAAUAUUUCUCGCAUUGAUUGGAGAUUGCAGCACACAAAAGCAGUCCCAAAACAUGAACCAGGAUUAGGAUUUAGUUUCGGAUUGACUGAACAGCAGAAAGAAUUUCAAGCUACUGCUCGUAAAUUUGCAAGAGAAGAAAUAAUUCCAGUUGCUGCAGAGUAUGAUAGAACUGGUGAAUAUCCUGUCCCACUAAUUAAAAGAGCCUGGGAACUUGGUCUAAUUAAUACACAUAUUCCUGAAAAUUGUGGAGGUCUUGGACUUGGAACUUUUGAUGCUUGUUUAAUUACUGAAGAAUUGGCUUAUGGAUGUACAGGGAUUCAGACUGCUAUUGAAGGAAACUCUUUGGGGGAAAUGCCUGUUAUUAUUGCUGGAAACGAUCAACAAAAGAAGAAAUAUUUGGGAAGGAUGACUGAGCAGCCACUGAUGUGUGCCUAUUGCGUAACCGAACCUGGAGCAGGCUCUGAUGUAGCAGGUAUAAAGACCAGAGCAGAAAAGAAAGGAGAUGAGUAUAUUAUUAAUGGUCAGAAGAUGUGGAUAACAAAUGGAGGAAAAGCUAAUUGGUAUUUUUUAUUGGCACGUUCUGAUCCAGAUCCUAAAGCUCCUGCCAGCAGAGCCUUCACUGGAUUUAUUGUGGAAGCAGAUACUCCUGGAAUACAGAUCGGAAGAAAGGAAUUAAACAUGGGCCAACGAUGUUCAGAUACAAGAGGAAUUGUCUUUGAAGAUGUGAGAGUGCCUAAAGAAAACGUCUUAAUUGGUGAAGGAGCAGGUUUCAAAAUUGCCAUGGGAGCUUUUGAUAAAACCAGACCUGCAGUAGCAGCUGGUGCAGUUGGAUUGGCACAGAGAGCUUUGGAUGAAGCUACAAAGUAUGCCCUGGAAAGGAAAACCUUUGGAAAGCUGCUUGUAGAGCACCAAGCGGUAUCAUUUUUGCUGGCUGAGAUGGCAAUGAAAGUGGAACUAGCAAGAAUGAGUUACCAGAGAGCAGCUUGGGAGAUAGACAAUGGUCGACGAAACACCUACUAUGCCUCCAUUUCCAAGGCGUUUGCUGGAGAUAUUGCCAAUCAGGUUGCUACUGAUGCUGUGCAGAUAUUUGGAGGGAAUGGAUUCAAUACUGAAUAUCCUGUAGAAAAACUAAUGAGGGAUGCCAAGAUCUAUCAGAUUUAUGAAGGCACUGCACAAAUCCAGAGGCUGAUUAUCGCCCGUGAACACAUUGGCAAAUUCAAAAGUUAGAGAUUGCUAUGGAAGCAUGGUUUAUCAUUGAGAAAUUAGAACACUAUUGAAGCUCCAGAAAAGAAUUCUUCCAGUGCAAAUGAAAAUAAAUAUUCUUAUACCAAAUCUAUUUAACUGAUUCUAACAAUAGUGUACACUUUUGCUGAAAUCUGAUUUCUCUUUUUAAAAAUAGAUUUUAUUUCACUAAAAUUGUGUGUUCUUAGUAUCAUGGUGCUUGAAUCAAAUUACCACAGAAUACAUGUUUCACUAUUUUUGUACUCUUAAAGUAGCAGGAAUUCCUUGAAAAUUCAGUAUUUUUAUUCCUAAUAGAAUAGUAGGCUUUAAAGAAUUCACAAUGUUCCAAAUUUUGCAAUAAAAAAAAUAUAUGAUUUGGUUAAUACUAA